AUGGCCCAUGGCUCCAGAAGGUACCAGACAUGGCAGGCUCUGGCUCUGCACGAGUCUGUUGCUCCGGACAAGUGGUGCGUGAACCGCGCCGACCUGAAGUACUUGUCGAAGGAAGAAGUGUGGAAAGCCAUCCAGGCCGCUGAGAUCCAGCCUCCGCUCGAUGGCUCUGAUAAGUUCGACCCUGUUGACCAGCAGUACGGCCCGAGCAUCUACACCGUGAACCUACAGCACAUCAUGCCAGUGACGGAGGAAGCUGGCAAGGUGAGCUGGGCCCUGAUGAGACAUCCAGAUGGCUUGGACUGCCAGCUCUUUAUCUCCCAUGCUUGGCAGGAGGGAGUUUUCGAAUUCCUCUCGAAGGUCUUACACUCUUGGCCUGCAGAUGCACGACAUGCUUGGUGCUGCAUGCUUGCAAACCCUCAGAACUUAGACAUCGGAGCCCUCCUUCAGUCUCCCAGCAGAUCGCCUUUUGCAUUGGCUCUCCAGGCAUCGACCUACGUCUUGGUCGUGCCCAACCGCCGCUGCAGCAUUUACACGAGGCUUUGGUGCGGAUACGAAGCUUACAGGGCACAGGAGGAGGGCAAGAUGAUCUUCAUCGCAAGGCUUGUGGGCAUACCGAUUGGCGCAUGCACGAAGCCUUUGGAACAAGACUGGCCCGAAGCGCUUCUAUGCCUUUCUGCAAUAGCCGUCGCUGCUGCCAGUGCCACAAGCAACAGCAACUAUUGUCGGAUCUUCUGCAACAGGCUGGGUGCCUUCCUGUGCGGCUUCAUGCUCCUCUUUUGGCAUACUCUUGGAAGCACGGCGAUGAUCUGCCAAGCCUUUGGUAAAUGUUAUUUGCCCUUUGUGGCGCAAAUCGUUGUCGUUGUGACCAGCCUGUGCUUCUUCUUGUUGGAGGCACUCCAGCUCAGCAAUGGCUUCGAAGGCACUAUAACCCAAGCUGCAUGUUCAGAGGCGGCAGACAAAGCGCGAAUCUUCCAGGAGAUUGGCGACAAGACUGAUGCUGUGGACCAUGCAAUCUCUGUCCUGUUAACAGCCGGCAUGUCAUCGCCAACGCUUACCCAAGUAUCUCGCGCCGGUGUCGACAUUCAGAGCGCGGGGCAUGCCGAGAUCGCACUUCCCUUCGCGGCCCUGAUGACUGGACUGUUUGCCUUGGCUAGGGUAUGUUUUCAGAUGAUGUACAUGCACAAGGUCUUCUUUGCUUGGAUCCAACUUCUUUGUGCGGGCGCUCGGCUUGCUCUAGUUUUGGUUCUUUGGAUGCGCUCAAGAGAUGAAAGAUGCUUCAUCUUGAAGAUGAUGGCCAAGCUUGUCACCCUCGAUCUUCUCAUUCUCGGUCCUUGCAUGGUUUUCUGGGAAGUGAAGCCUUCAGGAGGAUCCCCGCAUCUCUUGUGGUUUGCUGCACCAUUGGCUGUUCACACCGUCAUGCUGGCACUUGCAUGUCUUGGGAUGCGCCGACUUCUUUCGCUACCUUGCUGCGGUCGCUGCUUGCUGCAAACCUUGCUUGCACGAGGCAUCAGCUCGUUCGCUGGCAUAGUCACCAUUUGCCACUCUAACAAGGAGUCGGCGAUAGAGGGGGACACAGACACUUCCACAGACUAA